AUGGAUGUCGAUGAUUCUGAUAAAUAUAGGUAUAGUGAAAGUGACGACAAUGAUUAUGAUGACACUGAUACUCUCAUGGCUGAUCUUCUUACCUAUGGACUUCCUGGUCACACCGACCCCAACGCUAUCACCAUCCUCCUUCAAGACGAUGUUCCUGGAUCACAAGUCCUUCGUGAUGGGAAGUGGAUCGCUGUUCAUCCGAUACCUAAUACGUUUAUUAUCAAUAUUGGUGAUCAAAUUCAGGCUAUUAGCAACGACAAGUAUAAAAGUGUUCUUCACCGAGCUGUUGUAAACUGCGACAAAGAGAGGUUUUCUAUCCCGACUUUUUGUUGUCCGUCUAAAGAAGCUGUGAUUGGACCGGCUUCUCAGUUGGUUGAUGACGAGCAUCCUUCUCUUUAUAAGGAUUUCACUUACACUGAAUAUUUUGGAACCAAAAACUUGGAAUGGAAAGUGCUUUAG